AUGGCAAUCGAAUGUUUGGAAAUGUUCCAUGGAAUCGAUCGAACUGCAUUCAGGAUGCUGACGCAAGUCCUUCACCGUAAAGUUAAACAGUCCCUGAUGGUCAUGGCAUUUCUAUUGUCACUGGAGACAAUGGGACUGAAUGGUAUUGUGCAAACAGCCAUAAAAAAUGAAGGCUGGUUUAUGAACAGUCUUGCAGAUGAAUGUGUCAUCUGUUUGCAAUGCCUACUAUCUCAGGAGUUCUCUGGGGUUGUUGAGAAGUCCAGAAAACUCGAAACACUCGGACACGUGCUGAAAAUUGAUCUCACGUUAUACCAGGUUCAUAGGAUGAGAUCCGUCCUCCUAACUCUAAUUCCCGAUACCCUAUCAACCAUUUGCGCUAGAAUUCUAGGCGACAUAACGAUGGAUGCGAUGUGGUUGGAGUACCAGAGGACUCCUAAAGAACUACUGGGUUUCAACACACAGGACCAGUGCAUAUCGGUUGCACCAGAGGCAUUGAGUAGACAUAACAAUGGCCGAGGAAUGCAUAUGUAA